GCGUCGACAACUGCAAAAAGCUGCUUGCUUUGUAUAAAUACACGCAUAAGUGUCCACAACUUCUCCCACACAAUCACCUGAAGAACCAAAGCAGCCACACACACAAACACACCAAAAAACAGGGGCUUACCGGAUCCAUCUCAGAUCUCGAACCAAUCCACCAAAAAAAAGAAGUAAUAAUUCAAAUUCAUGGGGGAAUCAAAGAAGAAAAGCAGAUCAAUCGCAACACAAAGAGCAUGGAGUCUUGUAAGAAUGGCUCUUCUAUGGGGAAGAAAAGGUGGCAUCUUUAAGAGAUGGCACAUGUUCGAGCUACGUCACUUGUUCUCCAAGCAUCUCAAAGCCCUAGCUCAUCCUAAUAACGGCGCUGACAAAGAGAGCUAUCUCUCACGUUACGGCGAAAAACAGCUCUCUUUCGACGAGACGCCGAUCUUCAACGUUAAGAUGCAUCGUCCUGCAUCCAUGCGGUUCCUCUUGCCUUGCAUUGCUCCUCCCGUUGACUUUGACUAUGAUUUCGAAUUGGACGGUCAAGAUGAUACCGACGGUGUUAGAUACUACGAUGAUUCUUCUUGCCACGAAAUAUGUGAUCGUGCGGCCAAGGACGAUCGUGAGGAGGAAGAAGAAGAAGAAGAAGAUAAAGGUGUUGAUGUGAGAGCAGAGGAGUUUAUUGCUAACUUCUAUGAGCAGAUGAAAUUGCAGAGGCAAAUCUCUUAUUUGCAAUACAAAGAACGCAAUGAAGUCGUAUGAAAGUGUUUCAAGUCAAUUCUCGCUUCUUUCUUUUUUUUUUUUUUUGUCAAUUCUGGUGAAAUAGAGAAUUACGAGUGGAAAAAGUUA